UGCAGCGACACUCUGAAGGAAUCCCUGUUUGAGAAACUCUGUCAGCUUCAGUGUCACUUCACGUGGUUUCCACAGAAGGACAACACUGACUUCAGUGAUAUGAAGCUUAGAUUACAAGAUUCUAUAAAACUUGGUGUCAAAUAUCAAGCCACAUCCUACAACCAACUUGCUUUUGUAAACUGUCAGCAAGGCAACUAUGAAGAAGCAAUUCAAAAUUUAAAGGAAGCUGAAAAGAUUUGGAGACAGAACCACAAAGAUGAAUUUGAAAGAAGAAGCAUCAUCACCUAUGGAAACUUUGCCUGGGUGCAUUACCACAUGGGACAACUGACCGAGGCCCAGUUCUACCUGGACAAGCUGGAGAUGAUCUGUAAACCGCUCAGUGAUGGUCCUUGCUAUGCAGCAAUGAUCCCCGAGGUGUACGGGGAGAAGGGAUGGUCAUUGUUGAGUUCUGCUGCUGAAUACUAUGAAGAGGCAAAGGAAUGCUUUGCAAAGGCUCUGGAGCAAGAUUCUGAAAAUGUGGAAUGGAAUAUGGGCUAUGCGACUGCUCUUUAUCGUCUGGAAACUUUUUCUGGUGUUUCAGAGAAACAGGAACAGAGUCAGCCAGUGAGAUAUCUGCAUCGGGUCCUGGAGCUUAAUCCAGAUUGCACAGUGGCCGUGGUUAUGUUGGCCCUAAAGCUGCAAGAGUUCAAUGAAGCAGAGAAAGCAAAUGAAUUAGUUGAAGAAGCAUUGAAGAAGACCCCAGAUCUGCCAUAUGUGCUUCGCUAUGCAGCAAAGUUUUACAGAAUAGCACGAGCUUUCGAUAUCGCAAUAGACCUGUUGAUGAGAGCUUUAGAAUUCACUCCAAGCUCUGCCUUUGUACACCACCAAAUAGGUCUAUGUUACAAGGGAAAACUAUUGACUCUGAAAAAUACAGCAGGCAGCAAUUAUCCUGACAGUGCUCCAUUUCAGCUGAAAUCCGAGUUGAUCAAUAAGUGCAAAUAUCACUUUGAAAAUGCAUUUGAACUCAGACCAUCAUUUAUUAUUGCAAAACUGGAUUUUGCAGGAAUCUGCUUAAUAAAUAGAGAAGCAAACAGAGCAGAGGAGAUCUAUAAUGAUCUAUUGAGCUUGGAAGAUCUUGCUCCAGGUAAUAAGCAGGCACUCGCUUUACAAGUUGGAUUAUUUGAACUGCAUCACAAAAGAUCUGAAUCAAGCGCCAUCAUCUGUUUGCUGGAAGGUCUUAAAAUCCAUCAUGGAAGUAAACAAUGGAAGCUCUGUUACAGCAACUUGAGAAAGAUCUUAGGAAAACAAAUUGAGAGGAAUCCAAGAGACAGCAAAGCCUUUGGAAUUCUUGGGAUGGUGCACCAGCUGGCUGGGGAGAAGGAUGAGGCUGUUGAAUGCUUUGAAAAGGCCUUGGAAUUUGAUCCUGGCAAUGAAGAAUAUCUCAAUGCUCUUUCUGAAUUACGCCCUUCGACUUAGGCUGUAGAUACACAAAAAGAUCUGGGGAUCCUGUGCAUGUGGAAAGGUCUUUCCUUCACCAAUUCUAGCUAUUAGAGUUGACUGAUAAAAGGUGUGAUCCACUUAAUUCAUGAUUCAUUCGUGAUCUUCUGAAGGCUUUGUGCUGAAUAUUGUGACAAUACCGUCUAUAGUAUUUGCUUCUUCCAUCAGUUUUCCAAUUUCCACCUGAGAUGAAAUGACAUUAUUUCAGAUACAUCUGAUGCUAUGGCUAGAUCAGUAGCACUAGCAUGUAAACACAACUGUAAGUUCGCAGUCCUAUUAAUGCAUGGGACCAAUUUCAACUGAAUUCUGAAAUAGUCCACCAAAUUCUAGGUAAAGCAGAUUUUUGUGUGACAGCACCAAACAAGAAGUGCCAUCUGAUUCAGUUCCCAUUUUAAGAACACUUGCUCUGACCAUAAAUGAAAUGAUUUAUAAAAUAUUCUAAUGAGAAAGGAGAGUACUCAACUCCAUUUUUUCCCAAAUGAGCCAUAAACAAUUAUGACCCAGUUACGUGGAAUGUUCUAUAUUCCAGUUUACACUUGUGAUUGAUUACUAUAAACUUUCCUUACACUUUUACAUUUUUUGCUCUCAAUAAUUGCAUUCCGAUUUUGUAUGCAAAAAUAUUCCAGAUGAAACCUUUGCAACUUGUAGUAGAGUUUACGUACAGUGUUGGUUUACCUGCCACACUACUGAGUUAAAACUUCAUGGAAUUUACAGAGCAAAAGUACUAAAGUUGGCUCAAAAUGUUAAAAGUAUUAAAACUUUAUGCUUUAAAAGCAAAAAAAUUCUGGUAACAUCUUGCAGACC